UUCUUCAUUAAAGGAAAUGUAAAGUAGUGAAGCAUGUUGUCAUUAGUGCAUAUAGAAGUAAGGUCUGAAGCCCAGUUAAUGUUAAACUCAUGAGCAGAUACUUUCUCUUCAGUGCCUCUUCACAGAUUCAGCCUGACCCCACCAACCUAACAGCUUUAGGAGAAACACCUCUUUUUGUACCUGAGAAGGAGCUCGUAUUACAGGAAGUGAAUUUCAGUCACGGGUGACUUGCCUUUUUUUUUUUUUUUUCUAAACUUGCUUUGCUGCCAAUGACGAGGGAUAGCAAGAUUUAGAUUAAUGGUUAACAGAGCAAGUAUAACCACACAGAAACUCUGACUUCCUCCUGCUGGGGCUAGGACCAAAAGCUGCCCUUGCUUGCAGAGGAAGAGGCAAGUGUUGAAAGGAGAGCAGUUCACACCACAAAGGGCUGGAGAACAGCAGCUUCACUCAGUAGAGAAAGGAGGAGGAAAAUCCAAAAGGAGCAAGAAGUGUUUGCCAUAAAGAUAGGCGCUGCUCAUGGCAGGACAGACAUCUCCUUCAGACUGUUACCAUCUCAUUGACCACAGCCACAUCCCUGAGUUUGAGGUGUCUUCUUGGAUCAAGAUCACUUUGGCCUCAGCGUAUGUCUGCAUCUUUGUUGCGGGCAUCUUGGGCAACAGCAUCACCAUCAAGGCCACCAGGAUCCUGCAAAAGAAAGGCUACCUGCAGAAGGAGGUCACAGACCACAUGGUGAGCCUGGCCUGCUCUGACCUGCUGGUCAUCCUGCUGGGCAUGCCUGUGGAGUUCUUCAGUGCCAUCUGGAGCCCCUUUUCAACCCCCAGCGGCAACAUUGCUUGCAAGCUCUACUACUUCCUCUUUGAAGCCUGCAGUUAUGCCACUGUGCUGCAUGUCGCCACCCUCAGCUUUGAGAGGUACGUGGCCAUCUGCCACCCCUUCAAGUUCAAGGCUGUCUCUGGACCCCGCACGGUGAAGCUGCUCAUCGCCUUUGUCUGGGGGACAUCUGUCGUAGUGGCUCUGCCCCUGCUCUUUGCCAUGGGCACAGAAUAUCCCCUGGAAACCAUCGAGGGAUACCAAGGUAUGACUGCCUGCGUCAAGCCUACGCCCAGGCACCACCUCCCUGAGCUGAAGCACAAUAUGACCAUCUGUACCAGCCUCUCCUCCAAGUGGUCUGUCUUUCAGGCCAGCAUCUUCAGUGCCUUUGCUGUGUAUAUCAUAGUGCUGGGAUCUGUCACGUUCAUGUGCCGCAGCAUGAUGAAAACCCUGAUGAUCCACAAGGAAGGAACUGUGGCAGUGAAGGGUGGACUAAGACACCAGGAGCAGUACCUAAGAAAAAGUGAGAGCUCGGAGGGCAAGAGCUCAAGGAGACAGAUCAUUUUAUUCCUGGGUAAGAGACUGAUUGUUGCAACUCUGGCAAUAUGCUGGAUGCCAAACCAGGUUAGAAGGAUCAUGGCUGCUGCUAAACCAAAGCAGGACUGGACUGUCCCCUACUUCAGAGCAUACAUCACUCUUCUUCCCAUCGCCAACACCUUCUUCUACCUCAGCUCGGUGGUGAACCCCCUCCUGUACAACAUCUCUUCUCAGCAGUUCCGCAGCGUGUUUCUGCAGGUCCUCCGCUGCCACCUGACGAUUGAGCAUGCCAACAAGGAGAAGUUUCUCAGAGCCAACCUGAGCUCCAGAGCAAGGAGCAGCCGGUCUCUACGCCCGCUGCUCUUCAUUUCAUCUAGGCGCAAUUCUUCUACAAGGGGCAAUAACAGAGUUUUCUUAAGUACUUUUCAGAAUGAGACCAAGCGUGACUGCAGUCCACAGAAACCAGGUCUUGAACCAACGGAGCCCAGCUUGGAAGUAGUGCUGCUAGAGACUAGCUCAGAGCCCAGUCCAGGCACACAAAACGGCCUUUGUGAACAUCGAGUAUGA